AUGCCCGCCUUCCGCACGGCGGGGCGGCCGCUGUGGCAGGUCGUCGUCACGCCGCGGAAGCUUGUCCUGGACAUCCACCACGGGCUCGUGGACGCCGCCGUGUCGAAAAGGACGGAGUCGGCCUUGCCGUCAUUUGCGCAAGCCUCUUCCAGGGGAAGACGCUUUCGGAGGCCAACGAGGACAUCUUCUCGAGGUGUGGCCCGAAGCUCUCCGCACUCUCUCGACGGGGAUGCUUUGAGAAGCUGGUGGUGUGGUUCAAGUCGCUCUUUCUCAUUCUCUGGUACCUGA